UCAAAGAAAAAAAAAAAUAACAGGUAGCGUAGCUCACCGAGCCGAUCUCCGUCUGCAUCUGGAAAAGAAAUAUACCCAAUUCGGUUGGCAUAUUUAUUUGUGAAAUAUAGUGAUACUGUAGCAGCUGCAUUGCUCGAAAACGAAAUACCACCAGGAAGAAAAAACACGCAUGCUGAACGUUGAUUUCAGAACAGAUUGAAUGACACACCAAUACUAGUCACCGUACUCGACAAUGAAGCAGAAUUAGGAGGCGGCUGGCGAAAUGGAUUGGAACCAGUUUCAUCGGCACAAAAACUUGGGUGUACAUUUCUUUAUUUAAAAAAGACCCUGUUCUGAGAUGGAAUGGUGCAAGCCGCUGCGUUCAGUUCCCACGUUCUGAAAAGAGGCGACACAAUGGAGAUACAUCCGAUAUGCACCAAGCUGUGCCAGCACAAACCUCAUGACCUGAAGGACGACGUAUCGGAAAAGCAGUGCCCCGUCACCGUCAACCCGCGUCACAUGAAGAAGGCCUUCAAGGUCAUGAACGAGCUGCGCAGUCAGAACCUGCUGUGUGAUGUGACGAUCGUGGCGGAGGACGUGGAGAUCGCUGCUCACAGGGUGGUGCUGGCGGCCGGGAGUCCCUACUUCCACGCCAUGUUUACAGGGGAGAUGAGCGAAAGCAGAGCGAAGCGUGUCAGGAUCAAAGAGAUGGACGGCUGGACUCUGGGGACCCUCAUCGACUACGUCUACACCGCCGAGAUCCAGGUCACCGAGGAGAACGUGCAGGUCCUGCUCCCGGCUGCAGGCCUACUCCAGCUCCAGGAUGUGAAGCAGGCCUGCUGUGAGUUCCUGGGCUCCCAGCUCCACCCCACCAACUGCCUGGGCAUCCGCGCCUUCGCCGACAUGCACGCCUGCAGCCAGCUGCUCACCCAGGCCAACACGUUCGCAGAGCAGCACUUCUCAGAGGUGGUUCAGAGCGAGGAGUUCCUUAACCUGGGCAUGGAGCAGGUGUGCAGCCUCAUCGCCAGCGACCAGCUCACCAUCCCGUCCGAAGAGAAGGUGUUCGAGGCGGUGAUCGCCUGGGUGACCCACGAUAAGGACGUGCGCCAGGAGCACAUGGCCCACCUCAUGGAGCACGUGCGCCUGCCCCUGCUCUCCCGGGAGUACCUGGUUCAGCGUGUGGAGGAGGAAACUCUGGUGAAGAACAGCAGUGCAUGUAAAGAUUACCUCAUUGAAGCAAUGAAGUACCACCUGUUGCCUGUCGACCAGCGGUCCCUGAUGAAGACCGUCCGGACGAGGAUGAGAACACCCGUCAGCCUCCCCAAGGUGAUGAUGGUGGUAGGAGGCCAGGCCCCCAAGGCCAUCCGCAGCGUGGAGUGCUACGACUUCGAGGAGGAGCGCUGGUACCAGGUGGCCGAGCUUCCCUCCAGGAGAUGCAGAGCAGGCGUGGUCUACAUGGGAGGUAUCGUCUACGCCGUGGGCGGGUUCAACGGGUCGCUGAGAGUUCGCACGGUGGACUCCUACGACCCGGUCAAAGACCAGUGGUCCUGUGUGGCCAGCAUGCAGGACCGGCGCAGCACGCUGGGGUCGGCGGUGCUGAACGGGCUGCUCUACGCUGUGGGCGGCUUUGAUGGGAGCACAGGUCUGGCGACGGUGGAAGCGUACAAUGCCAAGACCAACGAGUGGUUUCACAUCGUGCCCAUGAACACCCGACGGAGCAGCGUGGGCGUGGGGGUGGUUGGCGGGAUACUGUAUGCUGUGGGGGGGUAUGACGGGGCCACACGCCAGUGCCUCAGUACCGUAGAGGCCUACAACCCCAGCACCAAUGAGUGGGCCUACAUCGCUGAGAUGAGCACCAGGCGCAGUGGGGCAGGUGUCGGGGUGCUGAAAGGCCUGCUGUACGCCGUCGGGGGACAUGACGGGCCGCUGGUGCGAAAGAGCUGCGAGGUUUACGACCCUGCCUCCAACACCUGGAAGCAGGUAGCGGACAUGAACAUGUGCCGGAGAAACGCCGGUGUGUGUGCCGUGGGGAAUCUGCUGUACGUGAUUGGAGGAGAUGAUGGGUCAUGUAACCUGGCGUCAGUGGAGUUUUAUAACCCCAACUCGGACAAGUGGACCCUUCUGCCCUCGUGUAUGAGUACAGGCAGGAGCUACGCAGGUGUCACAGUCAUUGACAAGCCCUUAUGACUAGGCGGGGGUUUGCUGCUGUUCUGAAGAAGAGGGCUCGGCUUUGCUCGGCUAAUUUCAGAGGCUGAAGCGUCUUCGUGAGCCUGCCUCGUCCUGAGGCAGUGUGAGGCCGGCUGCCACGCCUUCCUCCAGGAGUUUCGGGGGGACAGGGCGACAAAGAGACUGAUUGCACUUAAUGAGAGCACUACGCGGGAUCAACCAUUAACACAUGUUCUUAACUUGUGAGAUGACACUGAGUUCAAACAUGUUUUAAAAACACGCAUAAACUGUAACCGAGUCAAGGACGAGUUGUUAGAGGGACCAUACAGGAUCCGUGAGAGGUCAGCUAAGUAGGUGUUGGAAAGCUGGGAAGCAUAGAGGAUUAUUCAAGCUACAGUGUUGUGUAGACUGGAAACAAGAUUAAAGGGUAUCAGAGAAUAUUUGCUGUUACGGGGGCCAGUCUGCUGAAGAGUGAGCCAGGCCCUGGUUUCAUGGGUCUGAUCUUUGCCUUUUUACAUUGAUGUUCAUUGAAGCAUCUAGCAACCGAAGUACACUUUGUUAUAAUGGUACUGUACUGAAAAAAAACAAUGUCAAUUAUAAUGUAUGUCAGAACCAUGAGGUAUGUGGGUUUGCCUAAAACGAAAAUGCCACUUAUGAAGGAGAGAAAAAAUGCGGAUGAGAUCCAGCACAUUUCAAGACUUGAGAUGCCAAAAUCAUUAGCAGAGCUGUUAACUACAUAUAUAUUUGCAUUUUUAUAUUGUGUACUUACUUUCAAAUACCGGCCAUGUUUGAUGCAUUUCAUUGUCGUACCUAAUGCGAAUGUUAUGGCAUGCGUAUAUACCAGAAUAACACCGGUUUGCCUGGAUUUUGGGGAAAAAAACAACAAUAUGUGCAUGGUCAUAAAAGUUCAUUUACUUGUAGCUAGUGUUUUUACUACUGCUGUAUGUGAGUGAAUUCUGAAUGUGACGUGCUCAUUCGGAUAUCCUGAAAAAUGACCCAACCUUCCUCUUUCGCUCCUGUUUUUCUUUCUUUCUCGCUUGCUUUCCUCUUUUCUUUGUGGAAUUAAUUACUACUAAUUA